CUCUUCCACACGCCGACAGGGUCGGCGGACUUUUGUCUGUUUCUCGAUGUCUGGGCGUUGCAUUUUAUUCCUAUCGGGUGUUUUCGCCCAGUGCCGGGCCCUGUUGCCCUCACAGAUGGAUCUGGUUCGCGACAUGCAGCAGAAAGAUGGGAUUUGGUGCUCCGGUGGUCAUUUCUCACGGCGUUGCACUUUCGUUCGCGUCGUCGGAUCUCGGUGUCCGGGUCCUUCGCCGUUUUCCGGCUGGGGGCCUUCCAGGAGGGUCGGGACCGUCCAAAAGUUGUUCAGGAUGAAGAGCUGGUCCCGGGAAGGCCCCUGGGUCCAGGACCCGCUUCACUCACGACCCGCUUGCCUCAUGCCAAAGAAGGACCCGUACGGCAGGGAGGUGCUGUGGAGGAAGCUGCGAAGGGCCGCGUUGAGGAGGCAGCAUUCCAUCCAGGUUGCGGACUCCGACGGCGAGGGCGGGGUCUCGCGGAAGGCCAAGCGAAAGGGCAGUGACAAGCCGCGGUCCAGGAGUCGCAAGAAGAAGAGGUCGAAGAGCAGCAGUUCGUCCUCCAUGGGCGUCGCGGGCCGCAUGCAGGCUGCGAUCAGGCCAAACGCGAUGCCUAUGAAGACGCUCGGCAUGGCAGCGUACGCCGACAUGACCACGGGCGGUUUCGGGAUGCUGCCGUCUGGCUACAGCAAUGCUACUGGUUCGAUGGACGGCGCCAAGACUUGCAUGAAGUACCUCGCAGGCUGUUGUCCACUAGGAACGAGCUGUCCGAACAAUCACCCGUCGGACCCAGCUGACAUGGCAAGGUGGAUACAGUACUUCAACAAGUUACCAUGCAAGAGCGGAGCGAAUUGCACCAACGACAAGUGCCUCUAUGAGCAUCCGAACAAGCCUACCUGGAACGGUGUGUACCAUGCUGCGGGAGGCACCUCGUUAUGAGCUUGUUCAUUGUCGCGAUGGUCGUUCAUCCCUGGUGUAGAUGCUAGUUGUCUCGCAUCCUCUUUCUCCACCAGCAGGUGAGCAGGUGCUGUGAUUGCGCGGCUGCUCGCAAGAGAAGGGCUGGCAAUGAGCACGCUUGGUGUGCCAGAGAGUUGCGCAAUCAUAGAACAGUGAUCUCUUGGGCCGUCCCGAGCCAUCAUAAUCUGAGAUGCCCCAUCCUCAAGUAAUUCGUGGGCGGCUUCAGCGGGGCAUUAAUAGCCAGAGGCUGAUAAGCAUUAGCAGGCAAGCGGCCAGGCAGACAAAGCAGCCAGCCACAGCAAGCCACUAGCAUGCUAAGCAGGAAACGCGCAGGGGCACGGCCAAUUGGCCAAUUGAGGCACAGAUGGCCAUGAGUCAGACACAGCGCACUCUGGCGACCAGGAGGGGGCACUUCAUGCUGGAACCAGCCAGGCCCUGGCCAGCGCCGCACCUGGAGCACCUGCUGCGGACACCUUCCCCUCUU